AAAAAAGACGAAGCAGAGAAGCUCUCUUUCUCUCUCUCUCUCUGUGUUUUUCCGCUCUCCAAUUGAAGAUCUGCUAAAAACAAAUGGCUCCUCUCUUUGUUUUCCCUCAAAAUCUACAAGCCUUAGAGAAGGACGACGAAGAAGAGUACCAAGAGAAUCGUCUCUUUGUUCAAAACGCUAUCGAUAUCGCUAGGUUUCGUCCUUCGGAACUCGAAGAAUUUGUCAAAGGGGUAUCCUUUGAUCUGUCUGAUAAAGAGCUCUACUGUAUCGAAGAGCAAGAUGUGUUUGAUCGUGUGUACUCCUUGGUCCGAGGUUUUUCGAGUCUCGCCCCAUCGUGCAAGUUUAUUCUUGCAGAAAGUCUUCGGUCCAAUCUCAGUGUUCUGCUCCCAAAUGUGGAUUCGCUCGUGCGUGUUUCCCAAGUUCAGGAUGAUGAUGAAACCACAACGCUUGAUCGUGUCACUUCAUAUAGAAACGCUUUUAAAAUUUACUCAUUCUUUCUUCUCCACAUUAUUUUGACCGAGGAGUCUAACACUGGUUCCAGCAACAAUGCAAAGGUGAUAGCAAGUAGUCGUAAGAAGCAGCCAGUAAACUCAUGGAAUUGGGAGUCACAGAGGGGCCGGAUGCUUAACCUGAUUGCGAAUUCACUCGAGAUCAACCUCUCGUUGCUCUUUGGAUCUGCUGACCCAGACGAAAAUUAUCUAUCUUUUAUUGUAAAAAAUACGUUUUCUAUGUUUGAAAAGGUCACACUUCUAAAGGACUCAGAAACAAAAGAUGCUCUAUGUCAUAUCAUUGGAGCUUGCGCUACAAAGUAUCACUACACAGAGCAAUCAUCUGCUUCGAUUAUGCAUCUUCUUCACAAAUAUGACUUUGUCGUUACCCACAUGGCUGAUGCCGUUGCUUUUGCUGAGAAGAAGUACGCUGAUGGAACACUUGCUUGUUCUCUUAUCAGAGAGAUAGGGAGGACUAACCCCAAAUCCUAUGUGAAGGAUACAACAGGGGCUGAAAAUAUUGGGCGCUUCCUGGUGGAGCUUGCUGAUCGACUACCAAAAUUAGUUUCGACUAACAUUGGACUUUUGAUUCCGCACUUUGGGGGAGAAUCUUAUAAGAUAAGGAAUGCCCUUAUAGGUGUUUUGGGUAAAUUAGUCGCAAAAGCAUUUAAGGAUGUUGAAGGUGAAGUCAGUGCUAAAUCCAUUCGUCUUCAGACCAAGCAAGCCAUGUUGGAAAUUUUGCUCGAGCGGUGUAGAGAUGUUUCAGCUUAUACGAGGAGUCGAGUUCUUCAAGUUUGGGCUGACCUAUGUGAGGAGCAUUCUGUUUCAAUUGGUUUAUGGAAUGAGGUUGCAGCUGUUGCCGCUGGGAGAUUGGAAGAUAAGAGUGCCAUUGUUAGAAAAUCUGCAUUAAAUUUACUAAUUAUGAUGUUGCAGCAUAAUCCUUUUGGUCCACAACUUCGAAUAGCUUCAUUUCAAGCAACUCUGGAGCAAUACAAGAAGAAGCUAAAUGAGCUUGAACCAGUUAAAUUGACUGAUGGCAUGACGGAUGGAGUACCCUCUGAUAAUGAUUCAAUUAAUGGCGAAGGUGACGUUGAUAAUGGAAAUGCUGAAGAGAUCACGAACUACCAACCUGAGAGUUUAACUGAUAGUUUACAUACGGAACAAGAGAUUGCUAGUAAAGAUAGUUCCGUGCCAGAUGUUGGGAACGUGGAGCAGACUAGGGCCUUGGUUGCCUCCCUUGAGGCUGGUUUGAAAUUUUCUGAGUGCAUAGCUGCGACAAUGCCAACACUCCUUCAAUUGAUGGCUUCGUCUUCUGCCACAGAUGUUGAGAACACUAUUCUCUUGCUGAUGAGAUGUAGACAAUUCCAAAUUGAUGGUGCAGAAGCCUGUCUACGCAAGAUGUUGCCACUGGUAUUUUCUCAAGACAAAUCCAUAUAUGAAGCUGUGGAGAAUGCUUUUGUAACAAUAUAUAUUAGGAAAAGCCCAGUAGAGACUGCUAAAAAUCUUUUGAAUCUAGCCAUUGAUUCAAAUGUUGGGGAUCAAGCAGCCCUUGAGUUCAUUGUUGGUGCCUUGGUGUCUAAAGGUGAUAUUUCCAGUAUAGCGAUAUCAGCACUAUGGGAUUUCUUUUGCUUUAAUGUUAAUGGAACAACUGCUGAGCAAUGUCGUGGAGCUUUAGCUAUCAUCUGCAUGGCAGCGAAAUCAUCCAGUGCAAUUCUUGGCUCCCAUUUACAAGACAUUAUUGAUAUUGGGUUUGGACGUUGGGCCAAAGUAGAACCUUUAUUAGCUAGGACAGCAUGCAUUGCUAUCCAGAGAUUGUCUAAUGAGGACAAGAAAAAGUUGGUGCUUAGUAAUGGGAGCCGAAUAUUUGGUAUUCUGGAAAGCUUGAUCACAGGGUUUGGGCUUCCGGAUAACAUAUGGUAUGCUGCUGCUGAUAAAGCAAUAGAUGCUGUAUACAUACUUCAUCCUACACCAGAAACCUUAGCUGCUGAUCUUGUUAAGAAAUCUCUUAGUUCGGUUUUUGAUGGUACCAGCGGAGAUGCAUUACAAAACGACAUUGCCAGUAGUAACUCCAUUGUGCUUUCCACUAUUCAAGUAGUAAAGCUUAGCCGAUAUUUAUUUGUCGCAAGUCAUGUUGCCAUGAACCAACUGGCGUACAUUGAAUCUUGUGUUCGGAAGAUCCAGAAACAGAAAGGCAAUAAAGGAAAAGGGGAUUCUGAAGGUACAGAAAAUGCAGAAACACAAAAGGAUAAUGGUAUCAAUGCUGAACUGGGUCUUGCUGCUUCUGAGGAUGCAGUGCUAGACACACUUGCUGAGAGAGCUGAGAAAGAAAUUGUUUGUGGUAGUUACAGUGAAAAGAAUUUGAUUGGAGAAUGUGCACCUUUCCUUAGUAAACUGUGCCGAAAUUUUGUUUUGAUGCAGAAGUAUCCAAUACUACAGGCCUCUGCAAUGCUUGCCUUAUGUCGAUUCAUGAUUAUAGAUGCCAAAUUUUGUGAUGAAAAUCUCCAGCUUCUCUUCACUGUUGUGGAGAAUGCACCAUCAGAAAUUGUUCGUUCCAACUGCACUAUUGCUCUUGGAGAUUUGGCGGUUCGCUUUCCUAAUCUGUUAGAGCCAUGGACAGAGAACAUGUAUGCUCGGUUAAAGGAUCCUUCAGUUACAGUUAGAAAGAAUGCUGUUCUGGUUCUUUCACAUCUCAUACUAAAUGACAUGAUGAAGGUAAAAGGUUACAUAAACGAGAUGGCUGUACGAGUAGAAGACAAUGAUGAGAGGAUCUCUAAUUUGGCUAAACUCUUUUUUCAUGAGUUGUCAAAGAAAGGAAGCAAUCCAAUAUAUAAUUUACUUCCAGAUAUCCUUGGCAAAUUAUCCACCCAAGAUCUGCAGAAAGAGUCUUUCUGCAACAUCAUGCAGUUCUUAAUUGGUUCCAUCAAGAAGGACAAACAAAUGGAAUCACUUGUUGAAAAGCUUUGCAAUAGAUUUAGUGGAGUUACAGAUGUUUUGCAAUGGGAGAAUAUUUCUUACUGCCUUUCUCAGUUAUCAUUCACUGAAAAGGGAGUGAAAAAGCUAAUAGAGUCAUUCAAGACUUACGAACAUGCCCUCUCUGAGGAUUCCGUGAUGGAUCAUUUUAGAAACAUCAUUAACAAGGGCAAGAAAUUUGCUAAACCAGAACUGAAAGUAUGCAUUGAGGAGUUCGAGGAGAAACUUAAUAAGUUCCACAUGGAAAAGAAGGAGCAAGAGGUUACUGCAAGAAAUGCAGAAAUACAUCGACAGAGGGUUGGCAAUAUGGAAGGUUUUGUUAUGGCUGGAAAUAAUGGAGAAGAAAGUGCAGAAUCUGACAUUGCUGAAGGUGUUAGCGAUAGUGAGGUUAUCGAUACGCCAGUGGAAGGGCAAACCGAAUCUUCAAAUGAUGAAUCGACGUCAAAACUUGUAGAGCCAGAGGAAUCUUCUGGAGCUUGCAGUGAAGUGACUGAACAGGAAGAGGAGACUGAAAUUCAAUCACAAAGAGUUAAUAAGAAAGGGGCGUCCCGAUCCCGAGUGAAAAAAAGCAAUAUGAAAGAUGUGAAGGUGACCUUGUCUGCAACCACCCAGAGAGUUACAAGAUUAAGGAAAAAGGUAGAAGAAUGACAACAUAUUUGAGUCAAUUAUUGAAUGGGUGAAAAAGGCAGGAGUCAUUUCAGUAGGCUUUUAUUUUUUUUUAAAUGCUACUGGUGUUUGUAACAUCUAACAAUACUCCAAAAGUAACGACUGUCAUUUGUAUAAUAUUUCUUAUCGUAUGUGACUUCUCUUUGUUAGUUGGAAAAAGAAUCCGUACUAUGAUUUUCAUUUUGGUGGAAUAUAUGAAGAGAAAAUUGGAUUUGUUUAGGACCA